UUGACUUUCUUUUGGUUUAGUGGUAAGACUGAAAGCUUAGAGCCAUGACGACUCACGUCACGCUGGAGGAUGCUUUGUCCAAUGUGGAUCUCCUGGAGGAGCUUCCAUUACCUGACCAGCAGCCAUGCAUCGAGCCACCUCCUUCGUCUAUCAUGUACCAGGCUAACUUUGACACCAACUUUGAAGACAGAAAUGCCUUUGUGACUGGCAUUGCCAGGUAUAUUGAACAAGCUACGGUGCACUCGAGCAUGAAUGAAAUGCUGGAAGAAGGACACGAGUAUGCAGUGAUGCUUUAUACCUGGAGAAGCUGUUCUAGGGCCAUUCCCCAGGUAAAGUGUAAUGAACAACCAAACAGGGUUGAGAUUUAUGAGAAAACUGUGGAAGUCUUGGAACCAGAGGUCACAAAGCUCAUGAAGUUCAUGUAUUUUCAGCGAAAGGCCAUUGAGCGAUUCUGCAGUGAGGUGAAGCGCUUAUGCCAUGCAGAGAGAAGGAAAGACUUUGUUUCAGAAGCUUAUCUGCUAACUCUGGGGAAGUUUAUCAACAUGUUUGCUGUCCUGGAUGAGCUGAAGAACAUGAAAUGUAGUGUCAAAAAUGACCACUCUGCCUACAAAAGAGCAGCCCAGUUUUUGAGGAAAAUGGCUGAUCCCCAGUCUAUUCAAGAAUCACAGAACCUCUCCAUGUUUCUAGCAAAUCACAAUAGAAUUACACAGUGCCUGCAUCAACAGCUAGAAGUUAUUCCUGGUUAUGAAGAACUAUUGGCUGAUAUUGUCAAUAUCUGUGUGGAUUACUAUGAAAACAAGAUGUACUUGACACCCAGCGAAAAACACAUGCUUUUAAAGGUGAUGGGUUUUGGUCUAUAUCUGAUGGAUGGAAAUGUCAGUAAUAUUUAUAAACUAGAUGCCAAGAAGAGAAUCAACCUCAGUAAAAUUGAUAAAUUCUUCAAGCAGCUGCAGGUGGUUCCUUUAUUCGGCGAUAUGCAGAUAGAACUGGCCAGAUACAUUAAGACCAGUGCUCACUAUGAGGAGAACAAAUCCAAGUGGACAUGUACUCAGAGCAGCAUCAGUCCCCAGUAUAACAUCUGUGAGCAGAUGGUACAGAUCCGAGAUGACCACAUUCGUUUUAUCUCAGAACUUGCUCGCUACAGUAACAGUGAGGUUGUGACUGGCUCAGGGCUGGACAGUCAAAAGUCAGAUGAAGAAUACAGGGAGCUUUUUGACCUGGCUUUAAGGGGAUUACAACUUCUUUCCAAGUGGAGUGCACAUGUUAUGGAAGUGUAUUCUUGGAAGCUGGUUCAUCCCACAGAUAAAUUCUGUAACAAAGAUUGCCCAGGCACAGCGGAAGAGUAUGAGAGAGCCACACGGUACAAUUAUACCAGUGAGGAAAAGUUUGCUUUUGUUGAGGUGAUAGCUAUGAUAAAAGGCUUGCAAGUGCUCAUGGGCCGCAUGGAGAGUGUCUUCAACCAAGCCAUUCGGAACACUAUUUAUGCAGCACUGCAGGAUUUUGCUCAGGUGACACUGAGAGAGCCAUUAAGGCAAGCUGUCAGGAAGAAGAAGAAUGUCCUGAUCAGUGUCCUUCAGGCAAUUAGAAAGACUAUUUGUGAUUGGGAAGGAGGCCGUGAGCCCCCAAAUGACCCCUGUUUGAGAGGAGAGAAGGACCCCAAAGGCGGCUUUGACAUCAAGGUUCCACGACGAGCAGUGGGACCAUCCAGCACCCAGCUUUAUAUGGUAAGAACAAUGCUGGAGUCCCUUAUUGCAGACAAGAGUGGCUCAAAGAAGACUCUCAGGAGCAGCCUGGAUGGACCAAUAGUUCUGGCCAUUGAAGAGUUCCACAAGCAAUCAUUUUUUUUUACUCAUCUUCUCAACAUUAGUGAAGCUCUUCAACAGUGUUGUGACUUAUCUCAGCUUUGGUUCCGAGAAUUUUUUCUGGAAUUGACCAUGGGCCGUCGAAUUCAGUUUCCCAUUGAAAUGUCUAUGCCUUGGAUUCUAACAGAUCACAUCCUGGAAACCAAAGAGCCUUCCAUGAUGGAGUAUGUGCUGUACCCAUUGGACCUCUACAAUGACAGUGCAUAUUAUGCUUUGACCAAGUUUAAGAAGCAGUUUCUCUAUGAUGAAAUUGAAGCCGAAGUGAACUUGUGUUUUGAUCAGUUUGUGUACAAACUGGCAGAUCAGAUCUUUGCUUACUAUAAAGCAAUGGCUGGCAGUGUUUUACUGGAUAAACGGUUCCGAGCUGAAUGUAAGAAUUAUGGAGUGAUUAUCCCUUAUCCACCAUCCAACCGUUAUGAGACAUUGCUCAAACAGAGACAUGUCCAGCUUCUAGGUAGGUCAAUUGACCUAAACAGGCUUAUCACCCAGCGUAUCUCAGCUGCAAUGUACAAAUCAUUAGACCAGGCCAUUAGUCGCUUUGAGAGUGAGGACCUGACAUCCAUUGUGGAGCUUGAGUGGCUUUUGGAAAUAAACCGCCUGACACAUAGACUGCUGUGCAAGCACAUGACCUUGGAUAGUUUUGAUGCCAUGUUCCGGGAAGCCAAUCACAAUGUCUCUGCUCCCUAUGGACGCAUCACCCUGCAUGUCUUCUGGGAGCUAAACUUUGACUUUUUACCUAAUUACUGCUACAAUGGCUCAACUAACAGGUUUGUACGGACAGCAAUUCCAUUUACACAAGAACCUCAGAGAGACAAACCAGCCAAUGUCCAACCAUACUAUCUUUAUGGAUCUAAGCCACUCAACAUUGCAUACAGCCACAUCUACAGCUCCUACCGCAACUUUGUGGGGCCCCCUCAUUUCAAGACAAUUUGCCGUCUUCUUGGAUACCAAGGGAUAGCUGUGGUGAUGGAGGAAUUGCUGAAGAUCGUCAAGAGCCUGUUACAAGGGACCAUCCUUCAAUAUGUGAAAACCUUGAUAGAGGUUAUGCCGAAGAUAUGUCGACUGCCAAGGCAUGAAUAUGGAUCUCCAGGAAUCCUGGAGUUUUUCCAUCACCAGCUGAAGGACAUAAUUGAGUAUGCAGAGCUAAAGACAGAUGUGUUCCAGAGUCUGAGAGAAGUGGGUAAUGCCAUUCUUUUCUGCCUUCUCAUAGAGCAGGCCUUGUCCCAAGAAGAAGUGUGUGAUUUGCUGCAUGCUGCUCCCUUCCAAAAUAUUUUGCCCAGGGUCUACAUCAAAGAAGGAGAACGCUUGGAGGUACGCAUGAAGCGUCUCGAAGCCAAAUAUGCCCCACUUCACCUGGUUCCCUUAAUAGAGAGGCUGGGAACACCUCAGCAAAUAGCCAUAGCUCGUGAAGGAGACUUGCUGACCAAGGAGCGAUUGUGCUGUGGCCUGUCCAUGUUUGAAGUUAUACUGACACGCAUUCGGAGCUACCUCCAGGAUCCCAUCUGGCGUGGCCCUCCCCCAACCAAUGGUGUCAUGCAUGUUGAUGAAUGUGUCGAGUUCCACCGGCUCUGGAGUGCCAUGCAGUUUGUCUACUGCAUUCCUGUGGGAACAAAUGAAUUCACUGCCGAGCAAUGUUUUGGUGAUGGCUUGAACUGGGCUGGUUGUUCAGUCAUAGUUCUGCUGGGACAACAGCGCCGCUUUGAUCUCUUUGAUUUCUGUUACCACCUGUUAAAGGUGCAGAGGCAGGAUGGGAAGGAUGAAAUCAUUAAAAACGUGCCACUUAAGAAAAUGGCCGACAGGAUCAGGAAGUACCAAAUUCUGAACAAUGAGAUUUUUGCCAUCUUGAACAAGUACAUGAAGUCAGUGGAAACAGACAGCUCUACAGUUGAACAUGUGCGUUGCUUCCAGCCUCCCAUCCACCAAUCUUUGGCCACCACCUGUUAAGGAGCCAGUGAGGGAUAAGUCAUGAUAGUAUCCUUAUCUCUCCAUCUGAAAUUGUUGAAGGGGGAGAGACUGGACCACAAGGAAGUUCUGGAAAACUGGAAGAACACAGAUCUGGCGGUGAUGCAGACUUGGAUGUAUGGAAUAUAAACAAUGCAAUUCUUUAAAAGGCCCUGUUUGAAUGCAUGUUCUUCUAUAGUAUCCUUCUGGUUGGUUUUACCCAACUUUGAUAAUAUGGUAAAAAGGAGCAUAAUGUGGGUUUUUCUCCUGUGGUAUUUCCUUUUGUGGUGGCCUAAAGCCACUAUAAAUGAAGCACAAAA